AUGGUCUAUCGAGCUUAUGCGGAAUCAUCUCGACUUUUCUGGUUGACACCCGUAUUGCGGUACUUGCAAACGGGGAUUUUUGAACAACAACUCCUACAAGACGGUGAGCCCCUUUUUGUUGUCCAUCUGAUCCUCUCGGAUUACCAUCACUAUUCCGCGGCUUUUGAUGAUGGCCACAAACAGCAUUAUGAGCAAUCUGCUCGUCACCACCGUGAUUAUGAAGAAGGCGAUCGCGAGAAGCGCGCUGAAGGGUGGGAAGACGAGCUAGCACGUCUACAAGAGCAAGAGGAGAACCGGGAGGAUCCUGUAGCCCUCAAAAAAGUCGAGGAGCAGGCUCCUAUGUCCCGGGUAGAGGUUGGCAUUGUGAUCUUGAAUCUCAAGAAACGCCUACAACGCCAACCAACACCAAAAGCCACCGUAAAGCAAACAUGCCCGGUGUGCUUGUGUCCGCCAUCUAAGAUGAGCGUGACGAAAUGCGGGCACGUAUUCUGUUCAUCAUGCAUCCGCCAGACUUUUGAAAAGAAUCAAGGGUGCCCGUCAUGCCGAAAGCCUGGUCAUCUUAGCCAGCUGCGAAAGAUCGAUUUGCACAUACAUUAG